GGGCCGGGCCAUCGCACCUGGCGAGGCUGGCCCAAACGGAGCGCCGCCAUGGGCUCGACCGGGCUGCAGCUGCUGUCGUGGGCCUGCCUGGUUUUCUCCCUGGGCAUGUUCGGCACUGGCCUGUCCGACCUGCAACAGAUGUUUGCGACCCAAAGCGUGGAGAACAUCCAGUUCCUGCCGUUCCUCACUACCGAUGUCAACAAUCUUAGUUGGCUGAGCUACGGAUUCCUGAAGGGUGACAGGACCUUGAUCAUCGUCAACACCAUCGGUGUGGUGCUUCAAACACUUUACAUCCUGGUCUACUUCUACUUCAGCUCUGAGAAGCGUUCUGUGUUGUUGAAGACAGUGGGCUUGCUGGCCGUGCUGCUGAUUGGGUAUUGCUACUUCAACCUCCUGGUGCCAGACGUUCCCACACGUCUUGCCCGCUUGGGUCUAUUUUGCAGCGUCUUUACCAUCACCAUGUACCUCUCACCGUUGGCCGAUCUGGCCAAGAUCGUCAAGAGCCGGUCCACGAAAUGCCUCUCCUUCCCAUUGACGGUCACAACCUUCCUGGCUUCUACCUGCUGGUCCCUCUACGGGCUGCUGCUUGAGGACCUGUACAUCACGAUCCCCAACCUGCCAGGGAUUGCCACCAGCCUCGUUCGGUUCUGGCUUUUCUGGCGUUUCCCUCCAGUCCGUGAGAACACCUACAAGUCGCUGUUGGCCUGACGUCCAGGGGUAGGCUUUGACCGCCGGCGUUGCCAGUCACGGAAGGGAAAGGACGCUGAGGCCCGGUGGUCCGAGGACGAAAUCUUCCCAGCUCUCCUUGCGCACAGCACAUUUGCACAUCUGCGCAGUGGCCUCCUGUGCCCACCAGCCGUCCAGACCUUUCAAGUGCCUCUUCUGCCAGGCAGUUCCUCCACCUUGGGGUGGGCCGUGUGUUCGAAAAGGGCCCUGAACGACGCUUCGGCGCAAGACGAGGCCGCCCAACUCGUAAAGCAGCCGGGGGAUUUGUGGGAUGCGAAACUCCCAGAGACCCUUUUCCUCCCGCCCCGGAAAGCAGCAUCUGGGCAAAUGCAGAUGCUUCCUCCGACUUCCUUUCUGAAGAAUGUCUGGCUCCUUCCCUGGCUCUUCUCCCCAGACACGGUUUCUGUCCACCAAAGCUGUUGGGUCAUGCCAUUUUCCGUCCAACGGGGGUGCCUUUUGAUCGACUUCCCAAUUCCUCUCUCUUUCUCAACUAUUCCAUCCGUUCUCCCCUUCAAUCUGUGGGGUGACAAGCCGGGGCUCUCCCAGAAGGCCGUGCUCUGGAAAAGAAAGCGGGAGGACCCAAUGGCGACAUUCCGCUGGUGGAGACAGCCUGCCCAGGUGGACUCCCAUGUCCGUGCGAUUGUUUUUUAAGUGCCUUGCAAUAAACAGAACUGUUUCUGCGGAAAGGAAGGGUA